AUGCGUCUCUCGACAGCUCGACUCCUUGUCUUGAGCAGCGUACUCGGCACCUCGCUUGCUCGAGUCAAUAAUGUCCCAAUUGAUAAUUCAACAAUCGACGAACUCUACGCCGCAGCAAUCAAAGAAGAUGGAAAAUUGGUCGUAGCGUCAGGUGGUGAUGACGGAGUCCAAGGCGAUUCUAUAACAACAGCUUGGGCCGCGAGAUUCCCUAAGAUCUCCCUCGAUCUUACAGUGGAUCUGUCGAAAUAUCACGAUAGUCGAAUUGAUCGAGCAUAUUGGGCUAAUAAUGAAACUGUCGAUAUUGCCAUUCUUCAAACUCUCCAGGAUUUCCAGCGUUGGAAGGAGGAGGGUCGUUUGAUGUUUUACAAACCCCCAACUUUUGCUGAUUUGUAUUCGGGGGAGACGGAUCUCGAUGGUGCUUUCUUGCCGAUUAACAUUGACAGCUUUGGUACAUUCAUCUACGAUAGCACUCUCGUGUCAGCAACCGACGUUCCAACCAGCUACGCAGACCUCCUAGAUCCCAAAUGGAAAGGCAAGAUCGUAGCCACCUACCCCAACGACGACGACGCAAUCACCUAUCUAUUCUCCAUCAUCAUCGGACGAUACGGUUUCCAAUGGUUCGACGCACUCGCAGCCCAAGAUGUUCAAUGGGUGCGCGGAACCGCCACUCCGGGCUAUGUCAUCCAGGAUAACCAUAACAACGCCAGCGCAUCCGCAUCCGGCACCUCACCCAAAUCACGCGUCCUCUCAUUCACCAGCGGUCCCCCCGCAAACGCAUCAUACAUCCACUCAGCGCAACCCCCAGCUCCAGAACAACACAUGGCAUGGGCUCAAACAGUCGCGGCUAUGGCCUCAACUCAAAGACCUAAUACGGCGAAACUUUUCCUAGCGUGGAUUACGAGUGAUGAGUAUCAAAAGGCUUCUACGUCGGGUUCGGUAAGGAAGAGUUUGGAUAUUGGGGGGACGGUUUAUACGAGUAAUACGACGCAGACGAGUGGGUUUAGACAGUUUAUGCAGGAUAGAACAAGGGUGGAGUGGUGGAAAUUGCAGUAUGAGACGACGUUGGGGCCGGCGCAGGGGGUUAGUCCGUUGGCUUUGUAUCCGUGA